AUUAGAAAUGGACAAACUACAAGUAAUAAAUGUACAUGUACGGUACUUUCGGAAGAAUUUUCAACAAGAUUUCUCUCAUAUGUUACCUUUCUCCUCUCUCCGUGACAGCCACCACCAUUGCAGAACUGGGUUACACAACUUGUUAUGUGAAUUGUGAAGCAAAGUUUCCAACUUUUUCACCAUAAAAAAGAAAGUUUGUUGAUAUGGGUAACUUAUUAAGUUGCUUUGGAGGAUCCACCACGUCUGAUUUACCUCAUGAUAUACUGACACCAACUUCUUCUUCAGGACUCUCUAGAUUUACAUCUGGAAUAGGGAUUUCAGAGAGCAGUAGUUCAGGAAAUAGUGGGUUUUCCUUUGGAGAUCAUCUCAGUUCUGGGGAUGUAUUUCCUAGUGGAGAAUUGUUGGAAAAACCCAAUUUGAGGGUUUUUAGUUUUGGGGAGUUAAAGAAUGCUACAAAGAAUUUCAAGCCUGAAACUCUUCUGGGUGAAGGAGGGUUUGGGAGGGUGUACAAAGGUUGGAUUGAUGAUGUAUCUUCUAAAAGUGGGUUGAAGAUUGCUGUUGCCAUUAAAAAGUUGAAUUCAGGGAGUAUGCAGGGUUUUGAAGAAUGGCAGUCAGAGGUGAACUUCUUGGGAAGGCUGUCCCAUCCCAACCUGGUUAAGUUGUUGGGGUAUUGUUGGGAGGACAAGGAAUUGCUACUUGUGUAUGAAUAUUUACCGAAAGGAAGUUUGGAACACCAUCUUUUCCGAAGGAAUUCCUGUGUUGAACCACUAAGCUGGAACAAGCGGAUGAGCAUAGUUUUGGGAGUAGCUCGAGGCCUAGCUUUUUUGCAUAGUUCAGACAAUCAAGUGAUAUAUAGAGAUUUUAAAGCCUCAAAUAUACUUCUUGAUGUGAAUUAUGAUGCAAAGAUAUCAGAUUUCGGUUUAGCUAAACUGGGGCCAUCUGGUGGAAACUCUCAUGUGACAACCAGAAUCAUGGGAACCUUCGGCUAUGCUGCUCCAGAGUAUGUUGCAACUGGUCACUUGUAUAUGAACAGUGAUGUAUAUGGAUUCGGAGUUGUGCUGCUUGAGAUGCUAACUGGGUCACGAGCAGUUGAUUUGAACCGCCCGAAAGGGCAGCAAAAUCUUGUAGAAUGGACGAGCCCUUAUCUCUCUAACAAGAAAAAACUGAGAGGCAUCAUCGAUCCAAGACUUGUGGGUCAAUAUUCACUCAAGGCAGCAUUUGAGUUGGCACAAGUCACUUUAAAAUGCCUCCGACCAGACCCAAGGACCCGGCCUGGCAUGAAAGAGGUAUUGGAAGUGAUACAAAAAGUUGAAUCGAUCAAGGUGAAGAAAGAGAACAAUAUACAGUCUGAUAAUAUUCGUAGAUCUCCAUACCAUCCAAAGUACCAUGGCCAAAGGACAAGCAUGGAAUCUUAGUCACCCAAGCAGCAGUGAAACUGCAAAAUAUUUUCUAAGACAGAGGUUUGCUCAUGAAAUUUCCGAAAAUGUACAUGACUGUGAUCUAUUGCUUCAGAUUGAUUUGCUUAGCAUGUCAGCAAUUUUUGUCGCCGAUGUUUGUUGUAAAAUCAUGUUGUAAGAAACCAGAAAGUGUUUGGUUUACUGCAUAUAAGGGUAAUGUAUUUUAAGUAGUCAGUUGCCCUGCUUUCUUGAUAAUUUGCUAGUAGUUUUUCUUGUGUAUUUUGUGGUACUUCAAUUCAGCUUACUCAUUUGUCAAUUGACUUGAGGAUGAGGAUAUAAUUCCAGAAGCUCAUAUCUAUAUGUUA